AUGGAACGUGAAAACCGAUACUCACGAGAUUUUACUGGUGACAGAGACAGAGACAGAAGAUCUAUACCGCGAGAACCAUCGGAUCCAUUUGCCGGAGCUAGAGAUGCAAAUCUACGAGCAGCAAGCGAAUCAUCACGAGGGAAACGGUUUUCAAGAGUUAAUUCCGAUCUCCUCCAAACGGCACUCAACCAUAAUUUCCAAUUAACCAAAUCGCAUUCAAGUCAUAAUUUAUUUAACAAUGCUAAUACAACUAACAAUAUUAAUAAUACCAAUAGUGAGAGAAUCAGUAAUUUGAGAGUAGAUACCAGUCGGCCUCAUCUCAAGCGAUGGAGUUCGUAUAAUAUUUCGCAAUCAAAAGGUGAUGAUGCAGAGCAACAGAAGGAUAGUGUAUCUCCACUUACAGUUCUUAAAGAUGAGUAUAAUACUAGAAGACCACCUAUAACAAGUAAUUCAUCAGCAUUAUUUAAUACUGACAAUUCAUUUCGAAGUCUAGUGGAAAAUGAAUCGACUACUGUUAAUGAUGGACCCUUAACAUCAUCGCCUAAAUCUAAUAAGUUAUAUCAUAAGAUUAACCAAAUAAUAAAUAUAGCCCAUAAUAGCAUGCACUCAUUAGUGCCAAUGUUGACACUUAAAGAAAGUGAAAAUACUCCUAUAACUAGAACAUCCAAUUCUCUUAAUUAUCAAAGUGAACUGGAUGACGCAUCCGAUAACGAUGAUGAUGAUGAUGAUGAUGAUGAUAAUGUUGAUGAUCCACUGUUCCAUCCAGAUGGAGCUCCCCUUGGAACCACAGUUCCUGAUACUCAAUAUAGACUAGAGCUGUGGAAAUCUCCAUCCUUAGUAGACAAUUUAACUCUACAUGUUAAUGACGUUAAUGAUAUCAUGCAAGAAAUCAAUGAUUUCCAAAGUAACUUUGUGGAUCGAUACAAUAAUGUUGAAUCUAAUGAGAAAUUGAAUAGAACCCAACAGAAGAUUCUUGAUUAUAAGGAAUUAUAUUUGGACGAUGAAGCCAAUACUAAAAAUGCUACGAGUUCUCCAUCAUUCUCAACAUCAUACUCAUAUAAUUUGAAAAUUCAGAAUGAAACUAUACUAACUCAGUAUACUUCAAUUCGAUUACGAUUUCCUACUAAAGUAUCGACUACUACUGGUAGAUCUCUAGCCACUACUGGAGUUCUAGGAUUCUUAGAUCGUUAUAAGAAUAUUCCUAGUCAAUUACCAAAGACAAAAUCAGGUCAUAUUAACUUUGAAGAUAAAGAUGAUAUACUUAAUAAUAUAUGGGAAACAGAGAUUAAUAACUUCUUCCAUGUCAAGUCCAAUGAGAGUUCGAAAAUUCUACAAUAA